UCUAAACUUGUUUUGCCCUAAUGUCGUUUGUCCUAAUUCUUAUCUUAGGGUAAACGACUUCAGGACCAGCGACCCACCCCCCAAGUACCCCGAGUACGCGGUGUUGCGGUGUUGCAGGGGAAUCCUUUUCACGGACGAGAGAGCCAAACGUCCGAUCGUGCAUAUUCGGUUUUUUUUUUUUUGUUCAUUGUAAAUAAAUAUGACUGUGUUGAUAAGAGGAUACUAAUGGUCAAUUAGGUUAAGUUAGCUACAUUAUAAAUACUUUAAAACAUUGUGGACGGUUGAAUUGGUUAGGAUGGCUACAUAAAAGAUACGGGUAAAAAAAAGCAUGAACUUCGGGGAACUUCGGGUUUUGGCUCUCUCGUCUGUGAAGAGGCGGCUUCCCGCGUUGUAGCGGGCACGGAGGUGGCAACACUGGCGCACGGCGAAGCGCGACUACGCGGGGCAGGUGUGGUAAGUGGCGCGCGCCAGAGCCCGCAGUCUGAGCGAGCGAGCGCCAUGGAGCGGUGGUCCGGCCGCGUUGCCGUGGUUACCGGCGCCAGCGCCGGCAUAGGAGCAGCCAUAGCCCAGCUGCUGGUGAAGCGAGGCUUGCGAGUGGUGGGCCUGGCGCGCAGGGCUGACAACAUACAGGCGCUGGCAGAUAGUCUGAAGGAUGCCCCAGGGAAACUGUAUGCGGUGAAGGCUGACCUCUCCAAAGAGGAGGACAUCAUGGUCGCUUUCCAGUGGGUCAAAGACAACCUGGGAGGAGUGGAUCUGUUGGUGAACAAUGCUGCAGUGGCUCACAACAACAAUCUAGCAGACGGGAAGACGGAGCAAUGGCGGCAGCUGCUCGAAGUAAACCUGCUGGCGCUCAGCAUCUGCACGCGAGAGGCCCUGCAGUCCAUGAAGGAGAGAUCUGUGGACGACGGCCACAUCGUGCACAUCAACAGCGUGGCGGGACACUCCGUGGUGGACUUCCCAGGCAUCGCCUUCUACUCGGCCACCAAGCACGGGGUCACGGCGCUCACAGAAGGCCUCAGGAAGGAGCUGGCGUGCCUGAAGUCUGGCAUCAGGGUGACGUGCUGCUCCAUCCCACCUCAUUCACCUGCAUCAGUUCUCAAGACCACAAAUGUUAAGCGCCGCCCAAAUCUCUCCACUCCACCAAUAAUGUCUACAAGCUGACAGGAUGGUGAGUAGGAAAUUUCCUAAAUUACAGAGCUUUCUUCCAUAUUUUAGUUUCAAAAUUGUUAUGUACGCACAGAUUUGUUAACAUUUUGGCAGUAUAUAUAUAUAUUGAGAUUUUUUAAGACUGACUUGUAUGUAUUCAUUACUUAAGCGAAAUAGCCUAACAAAACGACCAUACAUGCUCAUGCUUGAAAGUGAGAGUUAAGAUUAUUAAAUUUUGUGUGACUUUAAAAUGUAUUGCAUUGACUACCAAAAUCAUAAUUUCGUGAAUUUUGAUAUAUGCUGGUGAUGUGUUUCCGAGCGUAUCUUUCACUGUUUCACUGAUUAAAAAAAUCUUGCUUCGUGUAAUGACGAUUGUUCAAGUUUUAGUCAUACCAGCAUUUUAAUUUUGUUAUAAUAUAGGAGAUGUUGACUUAAAAUUUUGUAGAGAAACUCUUAGGCCUGGCUUUCAUCAACACUUAAAAUUGUUUUGCUGCGGAAACCACCUUAUUAGUCGAGGCAACAAAAGAAAAAUAGAUUAAAAACAUACGAAUAGAUCCAUUGGUGGUGAACCAGAGGUGGGAGGGCUGUUUAAAGGUACAAUUCAUCGCUUUUGCUUUAGUAUUUUCCAAACUAUGAGUUUUAGCAAAAAAAAAAAAAAAAAAAAAUUUGAUACAAAAUUAAAGAACAUAAAAUUUCCUACAAAAGAGAUACGUUAAACCGCUUAAAUAGCACCAAUUUGCACAUUAAAAUCAAAUUUUUCUGGGGGAGGACCCCCGGACCCCCCCCCCCCCCCCCCAACUUAAUAGGGGGUGACAGUGAACAUACUUGGUUCCCCCACUUUGAAAUUCACCCUUCGCCACUGAUCAAAACACAUUCAUGCUAACCUACCCCCACCAAGGUGAUAUCACAACAGCAGUGUUGGUUUCGCUUGUCAUAGGCUGUGCUAUGCUACUGACCAUCGCUGUUUUCCCCCCUUUUUAUUUGCUAGAGUGCACUAGUCAAUUACAAGAUCAUCAAAAAUUUUACUGGCUGCUUUUUGGUAGGCCAUCCAGAGUGAGCAAAAAAGGUUUGAACAUGUUCAAAAAAAUUAUAAAAACUAAUCGGUGCAGCUGAUUCACCUACAUUUUCUUUCAGUCAAUAGAGAAUAUUUUAUUUUUUUUAAUGUUAGAGUGACUGAACAUGUGCUCUUAUAUUUAUGCGCAAGCAUCGAGGUGGUAUUCAAACUCUCCCUGCACUUUGUGCAGUGUGUCUGCGGUGAAAAACUCAAAAUUAUUCCUUCAACAUUAUGCUGCAGAAAGUUGUGUCCGGUGGUCAUCUUAGUGGUAAUCGGCCUCACACCACAUCGACGACACAUCACGACCAAGCCAUCCCCCAGGGAGAUGCGAGCAUAUGUCUUCCAGAGAUGUGAAUAUAUGUCUCCCAUACCACCGAGUUGAAGUGAGGCGGUGCACCAUUCUGAUGGAAGAUAAAAUUGUUCGUAUUCUUCUCCCAAUUGUGCCAGAGGUAAGCAUGUCGAGGUAGGAAUAACCUGUGGCAGAUUUUUUUUUCGACUGAAAAGAAGGGCCCAUAAAUCUUCUUCCUUGACAUGGUGCAGAAAACUUUCUCUCAUGCACAAUGGUGAUUGAGAAUUUUCUGUUCCUAAAAAAACUCACUUGUGCAUAUUCUUUUUGGCAUUCAUGUGGAAUGUGGCCUCGUCACUGAAAAUUACCUAACCUCAUUGGCAAGUUUUUGUCGUUAAUCCUCGUUAGCAACUCAAAGCUAAAUGUGUAUUGUGCACCCGUUUGAGUGCCUGGACCAACUGGAGUGUGUAAUGUUUGUUCCGGAUUUUCGAUAGCGUUGUUUGGGGAGACUGCUAAAAUUGAUUCUUGAUCAGGGUAUAAUCUUCCUCGGGCACAGGAGGUCUUGCCUUUGCAAAUGCAUCCUCUCCCUACAGACGUGUUGUAUCAAGCGUGAAUGGGUGCACUGGUGAAUGGUUUUGCGUUACAGGUGCGCGGAAUGAUGCUGCACAACAGUAGCUGACUCUUUCUCGCUGAUUGAAGCACCACCAUCUCAUCUGUCUGCUGUGCGGUAGCCAUCCUUAUAGACGCUAGAGGCUCCUAGCGAUGACGAGCUUUAGUAAAGGAAUCAAUACUAUUUGUAAAAUACUUCCAGAGAUUCUCUACUGAUUAAAAGAAGUUUCAUGUUAAUCAUCUGCACCAUUUAACUUUUGUGAUUUUCUGAAAGUGUACGAAUAAUUUAUGCUCAUUCUGUAUUGAAAAUCUUUAAAUUAAAUCAACACAACAUUUCCUUAUUAAAAAAAACUGUCAAAGUAUGUAUGUUGGAGGUAAAAUGUAGCCACAUAUAACUUCUUUAGGUUUAUUUUUCUCACUUUAAAGAAUAUGAACAUUGCAUAGUCAAUUAUAAACAAAAAAAACAUAAUGUGGUUCUAUUUGUACUUAUUCGUAUAGAGUAAUUUUUGUCUGUUUGCAGUGCAGCAUGGUUGAUGUUAAAAUGAAAUAUAUUGGAAGGUGACUAAAUCCCACCUGAACGUACUUACAAGUAAUACCCUGUUUGACUGCAUGUGUGCAU